AUGGGUAGUCGCGAGCCAGACCAACCCAUGCGUUAUCCCCAGUAUGCUCAGCUCUCAAAGAGAGAAGCUACUUUUGAGCAGGGAUGGCCAGAACCUCUCUUAGGAAAAAUACCCGACAUAGCUCGAGCCGGGUUUUACUACAAGGGAGUGAAAGAUAACGCUACUUGUUUUCAUUGUGGAAUGACUUUAACGAAUUGGGAUCUUAAGAACAAUCCUUAUGCAGAACAUACUUAUUGGAACCCCAGUUGUCCUUACAUCAAUCAGUAUAAGGGACGAAGCUGGGUGAUGGGUAUAUUUGUCAGGUUCUUAGAGAAGCAGGGAUAUAAACCUUUAAUUGAGAUCAAACCUCUACUGAACCCGGAACCAGAUGUUCAGGCUCGAGGAAAAUGUCACAUUUGUUUAGACGAGGAGUUAGAAAUCGCUUUUCUACCUUGUGGACACGUAUGCUGCUGUGCCUUGUGUGCUCCUUCCUUCCAGUUUUGCCCCAUCUGUCGAGCCGAGAUUCAACAGUCCAAACACAUAUUUCCGUGUUAA